AGUUGUUGUUGGGCAGUUUGACAGAACGAUGACAUUUCUCUGCGCUGCGGAAUUUUACAAAUGGCGACGUUGCGCCUAUAAAAAGCCAACGAAAUUCAAAUAUCUGCUUAUCCCUCCUUGGCUGUGGAACACAAUUAUAUAUAUUGGGUAGUGGUGUCUUGAAAAGCGCUGGUCAAAAUGACGACAAGCAGUGAGGAUGUACUGCUGCAAAUGGGUGAAGUGCGUUAUAAGAAAGGUGAUGGCACACUCUAUGUAAUGAAUGAGCGUCUCGCCUGGAUGGCGGAAAAUCGAGAUACUGUUGCAGUAUCGCAUCGUUUCGCCGACAUCAAAAUGCAGAAAAUAUCACCGGAAGGCAAACCGAAGGUGCAACUACAAGUUGUUCUGCAUGAUGGUAAUAGUUCCACAUUCCAUUUUGUAAAUCGAAAUGGCCAACAGGCUAUGCUUGCUGACCGUGAUAAGGUGAAGGAGUUGCUGCAACAGCUACUGCCGAAUUUUAAACGCAAAGUCGAUAAGGAAUUGGAAGAAAAGAAUCGUAUACUCUCAGAAAACCCCAAUCUAUUGCAACUGUAUAAGGAUUUAGUUAUAACACAAGUACUUACCAGCGAAGAAUUUUGGGCAACUCAUGCCAAAGAGCAUGCUAUGAAAAAGAAUAAUAAAAAACAAGAUAUUGGUGUUUCUGGUGCUUUUCUUGCCGAUAUCAAACCACAAACGGAUGGUUGUAAUGGCCUCAAAUACAAUUUAACUCCAGACAUUAUUCUUUGCAUUUUUAAAACUUAUCCUGCCGUAAAACGAAAGCACCAAGAGAAUGUUCCUGCUAAAAUGACUGAAGCAGAAUUCUGGACGAAAUUCUUUCAGUCUCACUACUUUCAUCGUGAUCGCAUAACCGCUGGUUCGAAAGAUAUUUUUACAGAAUGUGGCAAAAUAGACGAUCAAACACUAAAAGCAGCGGUACAACAAGGCGCCGGCGAUCCGCUGCUCGAUUUGAAACAAUUCGAAGAUGUGCCGCUGGAGGAAGGUUUCUGCAGUGUAGCCGGUGAUCGUAACAUAUCGAAUAGUGGUAAUAUAGUGCAUCAAAAUAUGAUUAAACGUUUCAAUCAACACUCCAUUAUGGUGCUUAAAACCUGUGCUGAUAUCGGUAGCAGUUCGACUUCAACUGCCAAUGGACCGGCAGCAAAAAUGAAAGAACCAAAAGCAGCUGAUGGCACGGCUGUUAAUGGAGGCAGUGAAAAAUCAAAAAAAGAUAAGCAUAGCGCAGAGGCCGUAUCGAAUGCAAAUGUCAAUGGUGCACUUGGCAAUAACGAGCUGCCAGCGAAACGUCAGCGUAUAAUUGAAAAAAUCCAUUACGAAGAUCUUGGUGAGCCGCUACUUGAAGUUGCUGACACAACAGAUGCCAUUAAAAAAUUGAAAAAACCACCGCUAUUAUCGCUAGCCAAAGAGGAGCGUUAUUUGCAUGGUCCAAUGCCCAUAACGGGUUAUGAUAUGCAUGAAGAUCCACGUCACAUGGAAGAAGUGCAAUAUCAUUUAUUGCGCGCCACUGAAACUUGGACGCAACGUACGCCGCAAAAGGUUUUAGUUAAUUCAACUGCGGCGGUAAAUGCGCUCGGCGAGCUCAGUCCCGGUGGUGCACUUAUGCGCGGCUUCCAUGAGCAGUCGGUGGGACAAUUAGUGCCGCCAGAUUUCGAAAAGGACUUACGUAAUUUAUAUUUAUCUUUAUCGGAAUUGCUGAAACAUUUCUGGAAUUGCUUCCCACCUACAACUGCUGAGGCGGAGGAACGUGCUGUACGCAUGCAUGAAGCAUUGCAACGUUUUAAAAUGGCCAAACUUGUGCCUUUUGAGAGUCGCGCUUUGCAUGAACUAUCGCCAUUGGGCGCUUCACUCACGCAGCAUUUGAAUCGUCUACUGCAGGCGGCAAAUACUAAAUUUGUUACUUGGCAAGAGCGUAAAAUGCGCCAACAUAGAUAGCAACCGUUAGUGUGAUAAGCAAAGCUGCCCAAUUUAGUUGUUAUACAACGGCAAACUAGAAAGUUUAACUUUAAUUGAUUAAAAAAAAAAAGAAGAAAAUACAAAAACAAAGCAUGUUAUAUGCACUAUACUCGCUACAUCUGGGAAAAUGCUAAAAGCUCAUGAAAAAACGUAUUUUUUUAUUGUUUCUACUCUUUUUGUUUCCAACAACAUUACACACUCAACCAAAUAUUGAUUCAUCUAUUUAGUUAUUUGCAAGAGAUUUCCAUUUCCUUUACUACAAGUAAAUUUAAUUUCACAAAUGGAAGGUUAACAAUGAUAUAUAUACAUACAUAUAAUAAAAUAUAAGAGCAGUAUAACAGCCAUUAAUUUCGAAACAAA